UCUCAUAUUUACUUUUAUUUCAAAGCCUUAUCAAUGGCUCUCCGCAGCUCGUUAGCUCUUCAGUUGCACCCAUUUCUUGAGUGGGUUUCUUUUGCGGUUUCACUCGACAAGAAGUUUCAGUUCCGCGUCAAGCUGCGAGCACUUCAGACCUUCAGAGAAGCCAACGAAAAUGGAAUCGAAGCAUGCCUAUCCCGUGCCUCCUCCUAGCUAUAGCGAAUUUGGCAAUCCAAUUCUAAGGCCAAGUCCAGAAACACAUUUCAUGACGACAGCGCCAAUUGCGUCGAGUACUACGGUGCCGAACGUCCUAGGCAGCGGACCCUGCAUGGCCACCUGCCCCACGUGCCACAGUCGUCAGCUAACCGCGGUCACAUUCGAGCCCAACUCCAAGACGCAUUUGGUUGCGCUGCUCCUGUGUUUGCUGGGUUGCGUCUGCUGCUGCUGUAUACCCUACUGUGCAGAGUCCUGCCAAACAGCCGUGCACAAAUGCGGUCGUUGUGGCGCCUACAUCGGCUCCUAUCAGAAUUGAGACCGUCUUCUAGGCUUCGAUUUCAUCACAAGCUCACAAUAUACAUAUAUAUACAUCUGUAUACACAGAUAUACAUAUACUAUAUGCAUAUAAGUUUGCAGAGCAAAGCACGACGGUUUUUUUUUUAUCAAGAAAAUAAGUUUUAACCUUCCUCAUCGAGAUCGAUAAUUUAUUUUUAACCAAAAUUUGUUUCACGUAGAUUUAAAUACUAUUAUUUUUGUUUAUAAUAUGCCUGCGAUUCAUCUAGCAAAGCGUACAGAAAUACACUUUUAUCAAGUAUAAUAAAGCAUUGAAAGAAACCACAUAAAAAAAA